UAAUGUCAUUUUUAGUUUGACUACUGUAGUUACAGUAUAGUGCUUUAGAGACAGUUAACUAAAAUGUCUCUAAAGCCAAAGAAAUAUGUGUUUCCAUUAAAGGUAACUGAUCGUGUCAUUUAGUUCAGUUGCCUUUUAAUGAUGUCAUACUCUUUGUGGAGCUCCUGCUAUGAUUUUCAUAGAGUUUGGCAUUAAAAAAAAAUCACCAUGAAUACAAAAGCUUUAAACUCUUUAGACUGCCCUCUGUAUAAAAUGUCAGGACUCAUUGGUAUGAAGCUGCACAUUAGCCAGUGCUGUACUUUGCAGGAUUUUCUAAUUUAACAGCGCCUGCGUCAUUAUAGUAGCUUGUUGCAGGGGGAAGGCUCUCUCCACUCUCCCAACUGUCUGUUUGUGGAAAACCAGCCUUGCAAGAUCAGGGCCAUCGCCCGAGAGUCCUCAGAAUCAGGAGGUCUUGCAAAAGUCUUGGAUCUCGCAAGAAACAUGUUACAUUACUUAACAGCACUACACUCACACACACACACACACACACACACACUAACCAGGUACCAGCUACAAGAUCAAUGCAGUGAUAGCAUUAUUUGACACAGAGGAUCAGUCACUUAAUCAGGAAGUAAGCUAAAGCUCAUCAUCCCAUCCCAUACUGCUUGCCAAAGUCAUCAAACUCAGUCUUAUUAUUGUUUUGCUUGAUAGAGAGAGAGAGAGAGAGAGAGAGAGAGGGAGAGGGAGAGAGGGAGAGACGCCUAGCAGCAGAAAUUACAUACUAUACAUUUAAUUAUUUGAUAGAACAGAAGAAGAUAAUUUCAAAAAAAUAUAAAAGCAUGAAUGAAUAAAAUGUCAUUCAUUUCUGAGGUGAUUAAAGCAGGCAGCAACAAGGGCUUGUUCUGACAGCAUGAAAUUUUGUAAUUUAGACCAGUGAUGAAAAGAAGCGUGAGAGAGUUCGAGGGAAUGCCCCCACUGUAGAACCUGCUACCUCGACUUGACUCAACUCAACUCCCUUUUUUUACUUUUCCAUCAGGGAUAGUACUGGCUGCUUUUUUUAGUACCUGCUCUGGCAAAGUUCCAAGCACAUUCAGCUGAUACAACAGUCAAAAGACUGCUGGCCACUGAUUGGUCAGCGAGUAUCGUCACUGGAAGAGUCAUGAGCGUAAGAUUGACGCAAGAAUCAAAUCAAACAAAAUGCCAGGCCAAUGUGGAUAAAAAGCAGAAACGAUACAGAAUGUUUGCAGAUUUCUCUACACUCAUUCCCUCCCUCUUUGGAGACAUAAAGGACACUGUCUCUAUCCAAGAAGCAAUUUGAGUGCAUCUUGAAUGACCUGAGGCACAACAAAUGUAUGUUCAUCAGUUAUCCUCGAUUGAAGGCAAAGAGGUCGUAAAUAUUGUCUUUGAGGAGCAAUUUUAAUGAAAAUAUAAUCUCGGAUUAUUGAAUUAAUGGGUGACUGACUAAAACCAUUAUUAUCCUUGGAUAUCACAUACAAGAACAACUUCCUUGAUAUGCUAAUGUGCUUGAAAAAUACUUGUAAUCUUGUGGCACUGCUUGAGAUUUGAAACACACAUGCAAAGACUAUACUGCUGUGUAUGAUAAUGUCACUUCUGUAUUUAUUUGUCUUGUCAGGUACGUUAUUAACAUAUUAGUGAUCUUUAAAGCAUGGCAACAUUUGAUGUUUUUGCUGAACAGCUUCUUUUAAAUGAAUCUGCAAAUGUUCCUGACAUUACUGCAGUGGAGCUUUCAUAUUUAUUUUGUAUUUUUGGUGGCUCUUUGUCAGUUCUCAUAAUGUGUGGAAACUUGCUUGUAAUAAUCUCCAUUGUUUACUUCAAACAGCUCCACACUCCUACAAAUUUCCUGAUGCUCUCUCUGGCUGUGGCUGACCUGCUAGUUGGACUUUUAGUUGUGCCCUUCAGCAUCAUUAUUAUUAUGAGCUCAUAUUGGCAUCUCAAUGAUUUCCUGUGUAUGGUACGGAGCAGCUUAGAUGUUAUACUGUGCAAUACCUCCAUUUGGAACGUGUGCUUCAUUUCUGUUGACAGAUAUUACGCAGUGUGUCAGCCUCUGAGAUACAGAACUAGAAUAACUGUGCGUGUUGUUUUGAUCAUGAUCAUGGUGUCCUGGACAUUUGCCACUCUAAAUGGAAUUAUUUUCACGUUUCAGGCUCCUGAUAAAGGACAAAAUAUCAACAGGUGUGCUUUAUUUCAAAAAAAAAAUCAGAAUAUUGUAGUUGUGGGAGUUUUUAUUGCGUACGGCAUCCCAACUAUUUUGAUGUUUGCAAUCUACCUAAAGAUUUUGAUGGUGGCACAGAAACAGGCACACAGCAUCCAGAGCAUGGCAAAAUCUACUGCAACUGUCAGUAAAAUGGAGAAAAAGGCGACUAAAACUCUGUCUAUUGUGGUGGGGAUUUUUCUCAUGAGUUGGAUGCCCUUCUUUCUCUGUAUGAGCUUCUAUCCUUUCAGCAAUUCUCCAAUACAGGUUUAUGUAAUGCAGUCACUGAAGUGGCUUGGAUGGACAAAUUCAAUGUUCAAUCCAUUUAUUUAUGCUUUCUUUUACAGCUGGUUUCGAUCAGCUUUUAAGAUGAUCAUUACAGGGAAAAUAUUUACAGAUGAUGUUUCUAAUUCUAAACUCUCUUGAUUCAUUAUAUGAUUUACUGACUGAUUUGAGUGAUCAGGUCUGGCACUAAGGAUGAAAAUAUUAUGUCUCAUAUCUCUGUAUUCAGCUCAUAUAUUUAUUUAAAUUCCAUCUGUGCUAUGUAGUAACUGUCUGUUUUUGCAACACAAUGUAUAGAAAGCCUCUUGACAAGUGCCUAAUAUGUGAGGUGUUGUCUCUGUCAUUAACUAUGUGAUGGGUCAGUCCCUUUAUAAACCUAAUAUUUAUCUCUUUUAAUGUGUUUGCUGUUAUUGUCAUUCUUUUUGUCACUUUUUGUCACAAGUUUCAGUCUUUGCUGGGUCUGCUUCUAAUAAAACCUCUUUUUUCCCCACAGCACUGCUGCUGUGAAAAUGUUGUCAUAUUUGAAACAAUCUCUUCAAAGACGGUUGUCCUUGAAAAUCCCAACACAUCUG